AUGUCUGCCAAGAAGGAGAAGGCAGCGACAAAACUCGCCUCCCUCACUUAUGAUAUCGACGAUGGGCAGGAGGAGUUGUCAGUCGAUCCCAUCCAACUCAAUACAACCCUUCUCACCUUCCGACCCACCGUCAAGAAGGCGCGGCUGCACGUUCUACGCGAACUGGCCAUCUACAUUAAACGACUGAAGCAAAAGCAGUCAGUUAUUGCAGACAGCAAAAAAACGCGUAUUGGGAAGAAAAUUUUGGGCCGACUCUCAGAACUGCGUCUACUGAAGAAGAUGAAUACCAUCCGGCUGUGCAAGCUCCUCUUGGCCAAUAUUUCAACCCCCGAGGAGGUAAGUUAG